UGUGACGUCACGUGACCCAUAUGGGUGGAAGUGAAUGAGCCUGAGCAGGAACAACAGAGCAGGAGGCUGCAGUUAGUGGAACUUUAAAUAAAAACAUCUGUGUAUCAGCUUUUAUCGGGUCGUAUCGUCGUAUCGAGCCGCUUCGGGACACAGGUUUCCUCCCCCAGUGAAGAGACACAAUGACGGCGGCGGUGUUUUUCGGCUGCACCUUCAUCGCUUUCGGCCCGGCCAUCGCUCUCUUCCUGUUUACCAUCGCCAGGGAGCCGCUCAGGGUCAUUUUCCUCAUCGCAGGGGCGUUUUUCUGGCUGGUGUCUCUGCUGCUGUCCUCCCUGGUGUGGUUCAUCUCGGUGCAGAUCAGUAACAAGGAGAGCGAGGCGCAGCAGAAAGGUCUGCUCAUCUUCGGCGUGGUGCUGUGCGUCCUGCUGCAGGAAACCUUCCGCUUCGCUUACUACAAGCUCCUGAAGAAAGCCAAUGAAGGCCUCCUCGCGCUCAGUCAGGAGGAAACCAUGCCCAUCUCCAUACGGCAGCUCGCCUACGUGUCCGGCCUCGGCUUUGGCUUCAUGAGCGGCGCCUUCUCCGUGGUCAACAUCCUGGCUGACUCUGUGGGGCCGGGCACCGUGGGGAUCCGCGGAGAUUCUCAGCACUACUUCCUGUCUUCAGCCUUCAUGACGAUGGCCAUCAUCCUGCUGCACAUGUUCUGGGGCGUCGUCUUCUUUGACGCCUGCGAGAAGAAGCGCUGGUGGGCCGUGGCCGCCGUCGUCACCUCUCACCUCGUCGUGUCCUGUCUGACGUUCCAGAACCCGGAGUACGUUGCCAGUCUGGUCCCCACCUACGUCAUCCUCUUCCUCAUGGGCGUCUGGGCCUUCUACUCGGCCGGCGGCUCGCUCAGGAACCUCAAACUCUGCCUCACCUGCAAAGACAAGGACUUCCUGCUGGCCAACCACCGGCCCAGAUAACGCAGCACGGCCCCUCACCUCCUCCUCCUCCUGCUCCUCCUCCUCCUCCUCCUCCUCCUCCUCCUCCUCCUCCUCUUAGCGCUGCAGGACUCUAUCCAAAGACCACCAGAGUUCACACACUGAAGACGGAGCGUUGCCUUGUGUCAAUCUGCUGUCCCACCAUCUUAGGAAAAAAAUAAAUACUGAAGGGACAAAGAUGGAGAUUAUUUAGAUUCAUCUCAGCUCAGAAAUAUGUUUCUGUUAAAACAAAAACAACAACAACAUAUCUGUUUGGCUCAUAGUGUUUUUCCUGAUGCUCUUAAAGGCACAUGAACAAACAUACAGAAGGUAUUUCUAGAGGCAGCACUCCUUCCUCCUUUCCACAUUUUUAGCUUUUCUGUUGAUUUAUGGUUAAUAUACCAGUGUAUAUAAUUAUGAUUUCUUUUUUUUUUUAAUUAGCUCGAUAUUUACCAUCUUCAGUCUGACCCAGAUUCACAGAAGCAGAGCAGAGAGCUGGUGUUUAUUUAUUUCAGCCCAGUUAUCUUGGACAUGUGAGUUAAAUUAAACAAUCUUUUUUAUGUUUGUGGUUUUUAUCGUCCUCUGAGAAGGACUCACAGUAAAACCAGACUGUAGAGAAAUCACUGAUAAACGCCACAAACAUAACGAGCUGUAGGAGGUGAUACAGACUCUCUGCUUCCUCACGGAUUAGCUCAUGUUUUAUAGUCAGUGAUCUUUUUUUUUUUUCCUUCGUUGCCUUUAUUGUGUUUUAGUUUUUACCGUGUGCAGACGUCAGAUGUGUCCUUGCGAUGAAUGUUUUUCCUUUUUGCACCUAAUUCUUGUACAGUUUGUAUAGACGACAGGCCGCGCUGGAUGUUAGCCAGUCCUGCUCUGUGCUGGUACUUUAUUCCACAACAUGAUUCAGGCUCAAGGUUCGGUUAAUUAGGACGCUAAAAGUCAACCAGCUCUGCAAUAAAAUGACUAUGAUGUUCAGUUUGUGGUUGUAGUUUGUGGUGCUGGUGAACUGUGCUGCAGUAUAAAAAGAGCAGUGAACAAAACAGUAGAAAUACAUGUCAGUGUAAUAUGGUUUUUAAACAAUAAAUUUAAACAAUAAUUCUUCAAAACCACAUUAACAGAAUAAUUGUUGAAGCUGUUGCGCUCUGGGGAAACGAACAUUUACUCUCCAAUUUCAUCUCAAACUGAUUGUUUUCAACUUAAAUUUUAUACAAUUCUGCUGCAUCACAAACAUCCACUCGUGAUGAAGUUUAAAAACGUUGUUGAUUUGUUUCGUCAGGUCCCAGUUUCAAGUUGUACAGCAAUUAAGUUCAUGACGAAAACGAAUAAACCAACGACAUUCCCAUCAGAA